UCGUCAUAAUUAGUUUUUUCCAAUUACAAAUGUCACUCGAUUUUUCUUCCCACCCGAAUUGAGCUGCGCGUAUCAAACACGUUUUAGAGACUUUUUACUAUGAUCGAUUGGCAUACCUGUGACCGAAUUUAUCAUAGUUCAGUGAAUUGACCUCAGUAUGCAGUGAAUUGCAGCGAAUAGCAAAUCUGCAUUGAACGUCGCACGAGGAGGCGGUAGUGAGGGUAACGAUCUGUUAAAUUUUCAGAUGACAAAUCGCAGUGUCAGUAUCGAAUAGUUUUGAGAAUCAUAUUAGUUUUUAUGACGUUCAUCAUAAAGCAUAUGAUAAAAGACACUUAUUACCACAAAGACACGCGAAAAUAAGCUUUUAUAUUUGUUUACUCGGAACUCGCGAGACUCGGCAUGGAUCGCAGAAACAUUGGACAUUGUCGAAUUUGUCGAUUAUCUUUAUGAGUAACACACCAAAUUAAUCAUGGAGCUUGAAAAUUGUAAUGCACAUGGAGAUCAGGAGAACAGUCGGCCUAAUACACCUCAACACGAUAAUGAUCCGAGUGGUAAUAAAAAAUGGUACCGGCAAGCCAGCCAAAGGAUCUUUGUCAAUCGGAGUCUUCAUUUGGAGAACAUCAAGUUUUAUGGCUUUGACAUGGAUUACACAUUGGCAGAGUACAAGUCACCGCAGUACGAGCAAUUGGGUUUUAAUUUGCUCAAGGAUCGUUUAGUGUCUUUAGGAUAUCCACAGGAAAUCAAGGCCUUCGAAUACGAUCCCAGUUUUCCCGUUCGUGGAUUAUGGUUCGAUACCUUGUACGGGAAUCUUUUGAAAGUGGAUGCUUAUGGAAAUAUCUUAGUUUGUGUUCAUGGUUUCGAGUUCUUAAAACACUCUCAGGUCUAUGAACUUUAUCCAAACAAAUUCCUACAAUUAGAUGAAUCCAGAGUUUAUGUGCUCAAUACCUUGUUCAAUCUACCGGAAACCUAUUUACUAGCCUGUCUGAUAGACUUUUUUACAAACUCACCGCAAUUUAGCAGAGAAAAAACUGGAGUCAAAGAAGGUGAGCUCACUAUGAGCUUCAAAAGUAUAUUUCAGGAUGUCAGAAGCGCGGUAGAUUGGAUACACCUUCACGGUAAUCUGAAAACAAAGACAAUCGAGAAUUUGGACGAAUACGUAAAGAAGGACGAAAGAUUGCCCAUGUUCCUCACGAGAAUCCGAGAGAGUGGAGCGAAAGUAUUUUUAUUAACUAACAGUGAUUAUGUUUUCACGGACAAAAUUAUGACUUAUUUGUUCGAUUUUCCACAUGGUGCAAGGCCUGAUGAACCACAUAGAAAUUGGAAAACAUAUUUUGAUACAAUUGUGGUAGAUGCCAGAAAACCAUUGUUCUUCGGAGAAGGAACAAUUUUACGACAAGUGGAUACGAGCACGGGCGCUUUAAAACUUGGUACACAUAAAGGUCCACUUCAUACAGGGGAAGUGUAUUCAGGAGGUUCCUGCGACGUGUUUACAGAAUUUAUUGGUGCAAAAGGAAAGGAUGUGUUAUAUGUCGGUGAUCAUAUAUUUGGUGAUAUUUUAAAAAGUAAAAAAAUAAGAGGCUGGAGGACAUUUUUAAUAGUUCCUGAAUUGGUUCAAGAGUUGCACGUUUGGACUGAUAAGUGUCAAUUGUUCGCCGAAUUACAAAGUCUAGAUGUUAUGCUCGGAGAAAUGUACAAAAAUUUAGACAGUAGUACAAAGGAAAAGCCAGAUAUUUCUAAACUACGCGCAUCUAUAAGAGACGUCACGCACAAAAUGGAUUUGGCUUAUGGCAUGAUGGGUUCCUUGUUUCGCAGUGGAAGUAGACAAACGUUUUUCAGCAGUCAAGUCGUAAGGUACGCCGAUUUAUACGCGGCGACUUUCUUGAAUUUGAUUUAUUAUCCCUUUUCAUAUAUGUUCAGAGCACCUGCUAUGCUGAUGCCACAUGAAAGUACGGUUGCACACGAACAGAGAUUUGUCAUGGAAACACCAAUGAUUAGCCGUUCUAGAACGUUUAAAUUGGCAGAUGAGGAAGAAGAACAUAAUCGACUUUCUUCUAAGAAUUUGUAUGUGGACCAUUUUAAUAGUCAAAUUCCACAUGCAAGACCAGAAACGCCACGCAAUGUCACACAUACACACGAUGAGGAUUGCAGUGAUGAGGAUAGCGAUUCACAGAAACAAGCUAAUCAAGUGAAAAAAUGCACAAAAGAUGCAAAUUGAAACUGAAGUAAUAUUUUGUUUAUUAAUAUUUUAUUUUUUAAUCAGGUGCUACUUUUAUCAUUUCACGUAAUUCAAAUAAACUAAAAAAUAAAUUGUGAAUAAAACAUAAUAUAUAGCUUAUUAAGUAAGAUAUAUCUUAUGUUUCAAAGAAUUAUAUAGUAUAUGAGUUACACCCUGCAUUAACAUUAUUUAAUUUUAAAAAUAUGUAUAUACAAAAAUUUAUAUUUUUUAAAUAACAAGUUAAUGCAAAAAUGAAAUUUUAUUUCAUUUAUAUAGAUUAUGUGAAAAAAAAAAAUUUCUUAUCAUAUAUAAUACUUUUGUAGAGCUGUGGAAUACAGUUAUAUUGAUAAUUAGCGCACAAUGCUCAUAUUAGGAAACAUUCAGAUAUCGAACUACACAAUAUAUAUUCGACUUUGUUAGCAUUGUAUAUGCUGUAUAAUAAUUUUACAUUUUAUUAUUAAGAUUAAGAAGUAUUAUAUUAAAACAAGUGUUGAUAUAGUAAGAAAUAUUGAUAAUAUUAAACUUAUUCUAAAAUGGAGUAUACUAGUCUGCUCUUUUUAUAUCUAAUAGAAGCUUAUGUUGAAGUUACAUACAUGAAAAAGAUGAAAUAAACACGAGAUGCAGCAAACCCCAAAUAGACUGCAAUUUAGGCUAGUGUGUACAGAAAAUAUAUGAUCAUAUUCUUGAAAUUAAUUGUUAAAUGAUUAUUCAUAUACUUAACAAGUAUUAACUAUAAUUAAUUCUUCAUAAUAAAUACUAAUUAUUCAACUUGUAGUAGAAAACAUUAGAUAGACUUGGAAAAAAAUAAGACAAUAUUCUAUUUCUCUUUGUAUACGAUGUAAACUGUUAUAGGAUGUAUAAUAAUGGAAAAAAAUGAAAUGAUCAAAUGUA